AUGUGGGGUACGCCGGGCUUAUGCGGGGUACGCUGUGUUAGAAGCGCUGAAAGCUGGUUUAAAGAAAUCGGACGAGAAGAUAAGCUUUCUUUGCCUAUUUCUUUCUUUCUUUUCCCUUUUCUUUCUUUCUUUUUUCUUUCUUGUUUUUUAUACUUCCAAUUUUUUAUCCUUUGCCUAUAUCUUUCUUUCUUUCUUUCUUUCUUUCUUUCUUUCUUUCUUUCUUUAUACUUCAAUAAAGAAUUGAAAUAUAAUUCCUUUGCCUAUUUCCUUCUUUCUUUUCCCUUUUCUUUCUUUUUUUCUUUCUUUCUUUUUUUCUCGUUGCCUUUUUAUACUUACAAUUCUUUUCUAUUCUUUGCCAAUUUCUUUCUUUCUUUCUUUCUUUCUUUCUUUCUUUCUUUCUUUCUUUCUUUCUUUCUCGUUGCUUUUUAUACUCCUAAUUCUUUUUUAUUCUUUGCCUAUCUCUUUCUUUCUUUCUUUCUUUCUUUCUCGUUACCUUUUUAUACUUCCAUUUUUUUAAUACUUUGCCAAUUUCCUUCUUUCUUUCUUUUUCGUCGUCUUUUUAUACUUCCACUUUUUAUAUCAUUUGCAUAA